AUGCGGGACGGCGGCUCGGCAGUGGACGCGGCCAUCGCGGCCCUGCUGUGCAUGGGGCUCAUGAACCCCCACAGCAUGGCAUUGGGGCGGCCUGACAGGGGCUGGGGCUCUUCCUGCCUGCCCACCUGCUUCUUCCUCCUAGGGAAGGCUGAGAUCAUCAACGCCCGUGAGGUGGCCCCGGCGCUGGCCUCUGCCAGCAUGUUCAACAACUCCAAGCAGUCCCAGGAGGGCGGGCUGUCGGUAGCAGUGCCCGGCGAGAUCCGCGGCUACGAGCUGGCGCACCAGCGGCACGGCCGGCUGCCCUGGGCUCGGCUCUUCCAGCCCAGCAUCCAGCUGGCUCGCUACGGCUUCCCGGUGGGCAAGGGGCUGGCGGCAGCGCUGAUCCGAAGCCCCGUGGUCGAGGCGACACCUGCACUGUGCGAGGUGUUCUGCCGCAAUGGGAAGGUGCUCCAGCAAGGGGAGACCGUGAUCAUGGCGCGGCUGGCCGACACCUAUGAGACGCUGGCCCGCGAGGGCGCCCAGGCCUUCUACAACGCAGCCUCACAGCCCAGAUCGUUAAAGACAUCCAGGAAGCUGGUCAUCUUGUUAGUGUUUCACAGAGGCGGGGAUAAGCUUAUCACAUUUUCUGCCGAUGCUGAGGCCUGGGGCUGCUUCCCAGGGCCGGGGGAAGAUGGUGGCCUACACUUAGGAGAGACCCUGCAGCCAGAGCGAGUAGAAGAGGCCAGUACAACUUCUCCCCGCGAGCGUGGGACGCCCAAGCAGAAGGCACUGACGUACCACCGCAUCGUGGAGGCCUUCCGGUUCGCCUACGCCAAAAGGACCCUCCUCGGGGACCCCAAGUUUGUGGAUGUGACCAAGGUGAUCCUCCAACAUGAGCUCCGAGUUCUCGCCGCUCAGCUACGGGCCAUCACCAACACCACUCACCAGACCGCCUACUACGAGCCGGAGUACUAUACACGCCCGAUGGCGGCUGGCACCGCCCACCUGUCCGUGGUCGAUGAGGAAGGCAGUGCGUUGUCUGCCACCAGCACCAUUAACCUCUACUUCGGCUCCAAGAUCCUCUCGCGAGUCAGCGGGAUCCUCUUCAAUGACGAGAUGGACGACUUCAGCUCCCCCAACAUCACCAACCAGUUUGGGGUGUCACCCUCGCCGGCCAAUUUCAUCCGGCCAGGGAAGCAGCCGCUCUCGUCCAUGUGCCCCACGGUCGUUGUGGGCCCUGACGGUCAGGUGCAGAUGGUGGUGGGCGCCGCGGGGGGCACGCAGAUCACCACGGCCACCGCGCUGGCCAUCAUCCACAACCUGUGGUUUGGCUAUGACGUGAAGCGGGCCGUGGAGGAGCCCCGGCUACAUAAUCAGCUCCUACCCAACACCACGACGCUGGAGAAGGACUUUGAUCAGGCGGUGAUCACAGACCUGAAUGGCCGGGGCCACGAGACCCAGAUCACGUCCGGGUUCAUCGCUGUGGUGCAGGCCAUCGUGCGCACGGCCAGCGGCUGGGCAGCUGCUUCCGACUCCAGGAAAGGUGGAGAACCAGCCGGCUACUGAGUGCCCAGGGAGACCGGUGGCCCAGGGACCAGAUCCAUGCCAGGCCCAGGAGUGGGACUUUGGGGACAGUGCCUCUCCUGUGAGCAGCAGAACAAUGCAAUAAAUUGGGGGUGCUGUGCCAGGCUCUGGGCAGCCUCGCUGGCCCGGCCCCCACUCUCUGGG